UACGGCUCGACCCCGCCUUUGGAGCCUUGCCUUUCCCCUAGCUAGCCUCAACAUAAACACCUACCAAACCAACACAAGCCUCCCUCACCUUUCCUCUCAGUCUUACAUCCAGGCUACCACUCCUCAAAGUGCUCAUGGCCUCGAGCUCCUCAAACCCGGACACCAUGGACAUGGACCCUCCCGGCCUCUCCAUCGCCGUCGAGCGCAACCCGCCGGAGUCGCGCCUGGCCCAGCUCGGCGUCAAGUCCUGGCCCAAGUGGGGUUGCCCGACGGGGAAGUUCCCGGUGAAGUUCGACGCGAGGCAGACGUGCUACCUGGUGAAGGGCAAGGUGAGGGCGCACAUCAAGGGCUCGCCGGAGUGCGUGGAGUUCGGCGCCGGCGACCUCGUCGUAUUCCCCAAGGGGCUCAGCUGCACCUGGGACGUCCUGGCAGCCGUCGACAAGUACUACAAGUUCGAUUCAUCUUGACUCUCGAGUUAACACCACCACCGUCGAUCCCUUAAUUUGGUUGCCGAUUUUCAGUGACUAGCUAAUUCGUUUUCUAGAUUGGUGACUGUAUCAAUUAGUCUCAUUCUCUAGCUAAUUUGCUAGAUAAUCCAUCUCUAUUGUCUUCUCUUCCCUAUCUGUAAAAAAGAAAUUGGUAUCAGAGAGGGCAUCUAUGGCCCCUGUGUAGGUUAGUAGUUAUUCAGUAGCCCGGCCCCAAAACCGGUCAAUGCAGUGGCCGUUCAAAGUAUUCUUAUUUAUUGCUCUGAGUGCAAAUCCAUUUUGAAUGCUUUCUUUGA